AUGGCCGACCCUAUGAUGAAGGUUGAGCGUUUGUCAUCCCCGAAGAUUGCUCAGAUUUCCCAGCCUCUCACCGUGUCCACCUCUGACCUGGCUAAACAAAAGACACAGCUUGCCCAGUUUUCGGCGACUGUUGCCGCUUUGCAGCUGCGCCGAUCUGCCGGUCCCUCUCUACGUUCCUUUGGCCGUGGCCGUCGUUGUUCCUGCUCUCGCCCCAGGACCGCAAACCUAUGCCGGUAUCAUGUCAGCUAUGGUGAUAAGGCGCGACGCUGUGUCCCACCCUGCCCCUUCAAGUCCACACAGGGAAACUCCUUGGCCGGAGAGUAA